AUGCGCCCCGGAGCCACCGUAAUCCUCAUCUGUCUAUUUUUGCUAUUUUUCCAAUAUGCGGGCGCGCAAGAUGUUUGCGCUUCCGCGCCGACCGAAGCGCUGCGGACCAUCUGCCGCCAGAUCCAGACAAUGGACGCUGAUAUGAACACGACAACUCCGAAGGUCCAAACGACAGCUGCGGGUCGAACGAUGGUUCUCCCGCCCCAGAACUCCGCCUACCAAUGCCAAAAUAUCAGCUGCAUCUGUGGCUACAUCGCCGGUCGCUUCUCAAAUGGCCAGUGCACACUACAAAACGGACAAGUCUACCGUAAGGCCGUCCGGAAAGAGUGGCGAAUGUUGAGUGAAGCGGAAAGAAUGGCCUACGUGCGGGCUUUCCUCGAGAUUACGAAUAACGGAAAAUACAAGGAACUCUCCGAAAUCCACCACCAAAUGGCCACCGUAUCCCCGGGGGCGCACAGCGGCCCGGCUUUUCUGCCCUGGCAUCGCGAACUUACAAAGAGGCUUGAAAUAGCGCUCCGCGAAGUUGACCCAAGCGUCACGCUGCCGUACUGGGAUUCGACGCUGGAAUCGGCGCUACGGAACCCAGGCUUUGUAUCUAGAAAAAUUUGCGUCUUGCGCGCC